UUCCCCCCGGACGCUGCCCGACACAUCGUCAUCUCGGCUCGUUUCUCGGACUGAGUUUUCGCUCUCGUCGACUGCUCCCCCGUUGGGAGUCCGGCUGAAAACGGGCUUAAAAAGGCGCUCAACGCCCUCCUUUUCCGUCUGCAUUCGAUCAGUAGCCCAGUCUUUGACAGCAGCCUUCCACUAGUCUGUCUCUUUUUCUCCUCCUUUUCCUUUUCUCUUUCCCUUCCUCAUCCAUCUCUACUGUUUACUCCUACUGCUACACCUACUCCUCCUACUCUACUUUCCCACCAUGGGCCUCGAAACUUCUGCCCACCAUGGCGAGUCCAUCUCGGCCGCCCCUCCUCACCUCUCCAGCACGGACUCCUUCGACAACAAACCGUUGGACCGUGGUGUUGACACCCCUAUCCCCCGCGUCACUCUCCGCGCCUUUGUCAUGGGCACUUUCGUCUCCAUGGGAGGUAUGCUGUUCGGUUACGACACUGGUCAGAUCUCUGGUUUCGAAGCCAUGUCCAACUACAUGCAGCGUUAUGCUGAACAUACCGGCCCGGGCCCUGAGGACUAUGCCUUCAGCAACGUCCGGUCCGGUCUGAUCGUCUCUAUCCUGUCCAUCGGUACCCUCAUCGGUGCCUUGGUCGGUGCUCCUGUCGCUGAUUACAUCGGUCGUCGCUGGUCCAUCACCAUCUGGUGUUUGAUCAUGAUGGUCGGUCUCAUCGUCCAGAUCGCUGCUCCCUCCGGUAACUGGGUCCAGAUGGUCCUGGGUCGUUGGGUCACUGGUCUUGGUGUCGGUGGUUGCUCCCUCGUUGUCCCCAUGUACCAGGGUGAGAGUGCUCCUCGUCAUGUCCGUGGUGCCAUGAUCAGUUGCUACCAGCUCUUCGUCACCUUUGGUAUCUUCCUCUCCUACUGUAUCAACUUGGGAACCAACACCAUGACGGGUACCGCCCAGUGGCGUAUCACUUUGGGGUUGACCUUCCUCUUUGCCAUCAUGCUCGGUGGUGGUAUGGCUUUCUUCCCCGAGACUCCUCGUUUCGAAUACCGCCACGGCAAGGUCGACAGUGCUCGUCGCACCAUGUCCAAGCUCUAUGGUGUCCCUGAAAACCACAAAGUCAUCAUCAACGAGAUGGAGGAGAUCGGAUACCAGCUCGAGGCUGAGCAGGCCGAGACCCAAGUCUGGCACGAGUUCAUCACUGCCCCGCGCAUGUUCUACCGUAUCAUGUUGGGUAUGGCCCUCCAAGCGUUGCAGCAGCUUACUGGUUCCAACUACUUCUUCUACUACGGUACCACUAUCUUCAAAGGUGCCGGUAUCUCCAACAGCUUCAUCACCCAAGUCAUCCUCGGCGCCGUCAACUUCGGCACAACCUUCGGUGGUCUCUAUGUCGGUGAGAACUUCGGUCGCCGCAAGGCUCUCAUCAUUGGCGGUUUCAGCAUGUUCGUUCUCUUCAUGAUCUUCGGUUCCAUCGGCCACUUCCUCCUCGACGUUGAGAAUCCCACCAACACCCCCGCCGUCGGCAAGGGCAUGAUUGUCGUCGCCUGCUUCUACAUCGCAGUCUACGCCAUGACCUGGGCCCCUCUCGUCUGGGCCAUUUGCGCUGAGCUCUUCCCAUCCAAGUACCGUGCCAAGGGCAUGGCGCUGUCGACCGCUUCAAACUGGCUCUGGAACUUCCUGAUCGGUUUCUUCACCCCCUUCAUCACGAACGAGAUUGACUUUGCCUACGGCUACGUCUUCGCCGGCUGCAUGUUCGUCGGUGCCUUCAUCGUCUACUUCUUCGUCAUCGAAGGUCAGGGCCGUACCCUCGAGGAACUCGACUGGAUGUACGUCCACAAAGUCGCUCCUUGGAAGAGCAGCAAGUUCGAGAUCCCCCAGCGCGAUAUCCUCGGCGAGGACCGUGCCCAGCAUACCCGUAAGGGCCAGGAGGAGUCGUACCAUGCUGAGAACGCAUAGACGUCUUUGCUUGUUUGUUUGAGCUUUUCGUUGCGAUUCAUUAAAACGGAGUUAUGUUUAUUCUGGGCCGGUCGGGAUGGUUGGGUGCAUUUUCUUUUGCAUAUUAUUGCAUACCUUUGAUAUCCCAUUGUUAUGAUUUAGAUGUUUAGACGCAAUGAUAUCACUUCAUUCAAGAC